AUGUCUGACUCUGGAGCACCAUCCUCGAACCGGAGAACGAGGGCCGGGACGCGAAAGUCCAAAAAAGGAUGCGUAACGUGCAAGAUCCGCCGCGUGAAAUGCGGAGAAGAGAAGCCCGAGUGCAGUCGAUGCACUCUCACAGGACGAAAAUGCGACGGAUACACAGAUAUAUCACAAACACAACUUCGCCAAGCGAUCUUCAAGUCUGCCCCGCGACAUGUUUGGAGCCCGAGCCCAGAUCGGAAUAUUGUUCUCGUCCCAGGUACGCGGGAAGAGCGACAAUACGUGCAGUUCUUCUGUACGCAGACUGCCCAUGCUCUGUCGGGCUUCUUUCCGUCGGAGUUUUGGACCAAGUUCCUGCCACAAUUAAGUCAUUGUAAUCCUGCGGUUCGACAUGCCGUUAUCGCCGUGGGGGCUCUGCAUCAACGUCAGCUUCAAGGCAGGUUAAUGGCUGCGAAUGCCGACUCAAGACAGACCGAUGAAUUCACAAUUCAACAGUACAACAAAGCCAUCCGGAAAUUCCUGCAGCAAAUGGAAAGUCCCACUGAUAGAGAGUUCGACUCGAUGUUGAUCCAAUGCGUUCUUUUUAUUUCUCUGGAGAUGCUUAGUGGCAAUACCAAACAAGCAAUGGAUCAUGUUGAGGGUGGGUUGCGAAUGCUGUCGAGGCACCUCCAAGACAAAGCUGCAGACCAGAGUACCUUUGGUAGAGAUCUAUCCCAGUUCUUUUAUCGACAGAAUAUUCAGCUUUCGUAUUUCGGUCGCCAGCUGAUGCCAUUUACGGCCACGGUAUCGAACGACUUUGCCGUUUUGGCAUCGAACAAAGAUCUCGUUUUCGAGAAUAUCAACCAAGCACGAGAUUGCUUGACCAAUGUCAUGACGCGGGCCUUGUGCCUUAUUCGCACGGUACAGAGUCACACUUGGACAACUCCACAAGAGCCGAUACAUCCAUCACAACUCCAACAGCAACUAGAUCUUUUAGCGGAGUUUGAUGCAUGGUUCAAAGCCUUCCAAAUACUGAGGAAACGGUCAGCAAGGGCCACCGGGGUACUAGAUCCCCGUGCCCCUUUAUCAAUUUUGUGCCAGUAUUACGCCGCGGUAACCUGGCUCAGCACCUGCACCUCACUGGACGAGAUGAACUUCGACCACUUCUACCCACACUUCGAAGAGAUCGUGUCCGCAGGAGAAAAGCUAGUCGAGCUCUGCGCGAAAGACGCGCCCAGCUCGGCUACGGAACAAUUCUUCCUCGAUGCUGAUGUGAUGCCCGUGCUGUACUGGACUGUCAUGCGCUGUCGACACCCGAUCUUGCGACGCAGAACUAUGCAUACGUUAACGAGAUACCAAGCGAGAGAAGGCAUGUGGGAAAAGCGACUUCAUAUUGCUGUAGCCAGGAGAUACGUGGAACUUGAAGAAGCAGCUCUUGUACAUCUUCCAGUGAAUCAGAGACUGCCUGCAGCACAUCAUCGAGUAUAUGAUGCGAUGAUUUAUCGUGAAAUGGAGUCGCCGUCUAAUCCAUGUCCUGUUCUGUUCCGGACCAAGCCGCAUGGGGUAGAUGGACAUUGGGAGGACCGGUGGGAGCACGUGAGCUGGUAA